UCAACACUAUUUGGAAGUGCGCUAACCUCGGCUUAUGACCGAUGAACCGUGCAAUCCGCGACGUGUAUUAACGAAUACUUGUGAUACUUGUGAUGAAUAGUGGAAUCCCCACCCAAUAAACCUAGUCUUGGCAAGAAGACGAUGUGCGACGGCUCCUCGCUCACUCCCUUUCGCCGGCAACAAAGAGAGCGAGAGAGUUGGGAAUCAUUUGAGCAGGUGGGUCUGGCAAAGGUAGAGUUUGGGGAUCAUUGCAUGUAGAGUUCAGGGAUCAUUGAGAGAGAGAGAGAGAGAGAGAGAGAGAGAGAGAGAGAGAGAGAGAGAGAAGCAUGAAGGUCUCUAUUGACCCCAUGAUCAACGCCCCAAACAACAACAGGCGCAACAACAGCUUCAGGGGUAUCGCUGAGCAGUCGUCAAUGGAGAGCAUAUUCAGGUCCCCCUCCGCCCUCUUUUGGCUCCUCCUCCACGGCCUCUGCUGCAUCAUCAGCCUCGUCCUCGGCUUCCGCUUCUCCCGCCUCAUCUUCUUCCUCCUCUUCACCACUAGUUACAACAACUCUUCCUCUUCUUACUCUCAGUCCCCUCUCCUCCUCCACCAGUCCACAUCAACCUCUCCACCCGUUCUCACCACAAAUGCACCGACGACGCCACUGCCUCACGCCAAUCACAGCGGCAGCAGCCGAGUAGUUGUGGGUCGGCACGGGAUACGCAUAAGGCCAUGGCCGCAUCCUGAUCCGAAGCAGGUGAUGCAGGCCCACCGCAUCAUGGAGAGGGUGCAGAGAGAGCAGAUGCUUACCUAUGGCGUCAAGAAUCGGAGGCCUGUUAUUGUGAUUACGCCCACUUAUCUGCGCACUUUUCAGACUGUGCACCUCACAGGGCUUAUCCAUACGCUCAUGCUUGUGCCAGGGGAGGUUCUGUGGAUUGUGGUUGAGGCAGGUGGGGCCUCAGAUGAGACUGCUGAUUUGCUUGUGAAAUCGGGGCUCGAAUUUGUGCAUGUUGGUUUCGGGGAAAAAAUGCCCCCUUCUUGGGAGGCCAUCCACAAAAUGGAGGCUCGGAUGCGGCUCCAAGGCCUCAGGGUUGUGAGAGAGAGGAAAUUGGACGGUAUCGUGGUGUUUGCAGAUGAUAGCAACAUGCAUUGCUUGCAACUCUUUGAUGAGAUCCAGUCAGUGAAAUGGAUGGGUGCUCUCUCCAUCGGACUUCUGGCACAUGGGGGUUCCCGAACAAAGCAAGAUGGCAAUGGAGGAGAAGAGGAUGCUAAUUUUCCAUUACCUGUUCAGGGUCCUGCCUGUAACUCCUCUGGCAAAUUGGCUGGUUGGCACACCUACAAUGUUUCUCCAUAUAUGGAGCAAAGUUCUACCCUUGUUCAUGAUGGGGCCACUGUUUUACCCACCAAGCUUGAGUGGGCCGGUUUUGUGAUGAACUCAAGGUUGGUGUGGAAGGACGUUGAAGAUAGGCCUGGUUGGUUUCGAGAUUUGGAUGAGUUGAAUGAAAAUGGUGAUGCUAUAGAGACUCCACUCUCUUUGCUGAGGGACGAAUCUUUUGUUGAACCCCUUGGCAAAUGUGGUCGCGAGGUGAUGCUUUGGUGGCUUCGUGUUGAGGCCAGGGCUGACAGCAAGUUCCCUUCAAGGUGGAUCAUAGACCCUCCAUUGGAGAUUGUUGUUCCUGCAAAACGCACACCGUGGCCUGAUGCACCCCCUGAACUUCUAUCGAGCGAGAGAGAAAGUGGGAUCAGAGACCAUGCUGAGAAGCAUCACACAAAAGCUGGAAGGGUUUCCAGGUCAAGAAGAGUCUCCCACAAUAAAAGAAAGCAUGAUUCACAACAAGCAGAGUCACAACUUUCUGUGGUAUCUACAAAGCAAGAGAGAUGAUAAAUUCAUUGCAGGUCUUUAAAACAAUAUGCUUAUCUUCUAGUUUUAGUUUCAAAAUGUAGAGAACAUCUACUUCUACGCUCCUAGACGUUUAUAUGGAAAGCAAUUAUCCUUUGCCAGGGUACUGUUUCUCUUCAUUUUUGGAGUGUAGAUUGACUGGAGUAAUUAAUAAUUGGGCACUUGGGGGUGUACAUGCUGUCAAGCCAUGAGCUGGCCAUUUGUCUCUGCACUCGAUUGCGGAUGGAGUAUUAGGACAAGCAGGCCUUUCUACAUUGAAACAAAUUUUACAGAACUGAUUCGUGUUCUGCUUCUGACUUGGUUUAGUGAUUGUCAGUUGAUGGAUAUCCUUUUUGUGUGAUGAUUCUCAUGAAAGAGGGUUGGCAGCGAUUGCUGUCUUCACUGUCAGAAGCAAAUUUGUAUUCAAUAUAUUUUGUUUUGUCAUGGAGAAAUUUCAAUUUGGUUCCUUCAAAUUCAGUUUAGUUCAUGAACUGUUAUGUAGUAUCCUCAUUGGCUAUGAAGAAGGUCCUGUUACAUCAUUUUACUUU